AUGGUGUGUAUCCACAGCCUGGGUCGGCUCAUCAGGAAGUGUGAUGGCAAGAAGGUGUGUGAGAUAAAAUACGUCCGUACCUCUGACCCCUGCCCUGGAAUCUACAAAUAUCUGGAAACCAACUACACCUGUGUCCCAGCAAUUCAUGUUGUUGCAUGUGAGGGGUCCUCGGCACAUUUGUUCUGUGAUGUAGGGCAGGUGAUAUUGGUGAUAGGAGCUGACUACGGACGCCAUGACCAGACUACCUGCUCCUACAAACGGACCGAAGCUCAACUUAGGAAGGUGGACUGCUCCGGGCCCACUAGCAAGGUUGCUGACAGCUGUAAUGGGAAAAACAGCUGUACUGUCGAUGCAAGCAACAGAGUGCUUGGAGACACAUGUGGAGGCACUUACAAGUACCUGGGGGUGGCUUACCUGUGUGAAUGUAAGUCGCUAUUCUGUGUAGACUCUUAA